AUGGCGUUCGAAGGAGGUGCCGUUGGGGGCCUCGGGGUCAAGGGGCCCCCCCUUCCGGCUCCUUCGGGUCUUGGCAGCCCAUGGCCUGUCUUGGGGAGGGGGCCCCCCUCAACAGCAGCACGCAGCAGAACGUCAACCCGAAGGGGCCCCACCGGUGGCGGGGGGCCCCGCCGCUGGCCUGCAGCAGGGGCAGCAGAUGCUCCUUCAACGCGAGCAGCAGCAGCAGCAAGGGCUGCGAUGCUGCAGCAGCGACGUCGCUUGCCGGGUGCAGCACCAGUAACACGGAGCUCAGCUGAUGCUCCUCGCAGCGGUUUACCCUGGGGGGUUGGAUCAGACUCGGGGGUAACGGGGCCCCCAGGGGCCCCCGAGAGUGUCGGGGGGCCCCCCUGCAGCUCACGCUCUCGGCAGGUGUUGCUGGAGGCCCUCAUGCGCAUAAAGAAAAAAGAUAAGAAGCAGUUUUUUGCUGUUGCUGUUGACUCGAAACUCGUCCCAGACUAUCACCUUGUUGUAAGAAACCCAAUGCAUUUUGAAGCCAUGAGAGAGAAAAUAGAGAAUGGUGUUUAUCAAGAGUUUUCUGAGUUUGAUAAAGAUAUUGCACUGAUCGUUUCAAAUUGUCGGCUAUACAACCACCCGGAUACUCCUUUCUGUCGCGCUGCUGCUUUGGUCGAGGGUUGCUGGGAGAAGUUUAGAGAGCGUUUCAGGGCAAAGUUUACUGCUGCGCAGCAGGCAGAUGCAGCUGCUGCUGCAGCUGCUGCUGCAGCAACAGAAGGAAAGGAGGACAAGCACGCUGCUGCUACCGUCUGUGAUAGACCCGAGGAUCAAGCAGCAGAGAAGGACGCUGUAACAGAACAGCAAGGGGAGGUUGUGCGGAGUGUAGAUGCUGAAGAAGUGCCGGAGUUUGAGAAUUUGUGGCCGCGGCAGCGGCUAGUGGCAUCGCUGUUGAUGCGUUCGGCUUCAAACCCUCGUGCUGCUGCUGCUCUGGGGCUGCUGCAGCCGCAGAGCAUCGACUCAGGCGCAGCACCGCAAGUGAAGCAAAGUCAACCUGCUGAGGAUGCUGAGGUGGUCAGCAGCAACCCCUUGACCGACCCCUUCUUCUGGUUCUCCUUCAUACUGCCGGAUGCAGCGCUUGAGGCAGAGGCAGCAGAGCGUGCUGCACCGGGAGACGCAGCGACAGAGGGGCCCCUCGGAGCUGCUUUUUCAAAGGGUUUCAACGUCGUAGAAUACCCGCUGCCCCCCCACCCAGGUUCCCGCCCUAUGAGGCGGCACCAGGCGCGAAACCUCUCUUACAACGCGAGCAUUUCGGAUUUCCUUGGGGCCGAGGCACUCCAGCGGCUAGAAGCAGACUGCCCUCAGCUGCGACUGACAGUACGACGGCUCAAACAGAAAGAGCCGCCGAAGGCACCCCUGACAGACAUUAGACUCUUUGGCAUCGAUACACCUGACUUUUCGGAGUUUAAUUCUCGUCUAAGAUUCGACCAGUCUCUCUUGCUAGGCGUUGGAGAGGCCCACGUACUUUCUGCUAGGACCCUGUCUAGGGUCCCCGCACCAGGGGGCCCAUCGGCAGCUGCUGGGGGUGCAUUGGGGGCCCCCGCCGGUGCAGCGAACCGCUCCCUUGCUGCGCCUUCAACCCUCUGUACUGAUGUCCUCCUCGCUCUUUGUGGGAACGCCCGAGUCACUAGCAGUACCAACCCCGUUGGCGCUGCAGUGUUUGCUCAGGAGCAGCAACAGAUGCGGCUGCGGCUCUUGCAGGCAGCAGCAAAAGCAGCAGCAACAGCGGGAACGACAUUGGGGGGCGCAACCCAAAGGGCUGCAGCCGACGAGGGUAAAACAAUCCGAAGAGACUGCUGCAGCUGCUCAGUCGGAUUCAACAGUGCAACAGGGGGAGAGAACAGCUGCAGCAGCGGCAGCGCCAGGGACCGCGGGGGCACCCGCAAGGAAUCUUCCUGCACAUUUCGAUGCUCUUUAUGA